AGAAAAAAAUGAAAGAAGCGCGUCGGUGGAGGUUAACCGCAACUUUAUUAUUGUUAUUCUUAUUUAUUAUGAUUAUUUGCAGUUAAAGAGAGAGAGAGAGAGAGAGAGAGUUUUGAACAGCGAAAGAAUCGGUUUGAUAAGCCAUUGACAACGCCCAAACAAAAUAAAAAGCCCAUAAACAGAGAGAAAAAAAAGGGAGUUCUUCACAGAGAGAGAGAGAGAGAGAGAGAGAGAGAGAGAGAGGCUUCUGGCUUGUUAGAGAAAGAGCCGCGGCCAUGUCUGAGUCAAAAGAUUUCAGUUCUGUCGAUAUGGAAAAGAUCUAUCUCGGCGGAAAGGAACAUCGUGUAAGAACUGGCCGCGGUUCUAUCUCUGUUAUAGUGUAUGGAGACCAAGACAAACCGGCACUAAUUACUUAUCCCGAUUUAGCUCUAAAUCAUAUGUCUUGUUUUCAAGGAUUGUUCUUUUGUCCUGAAGCAGCCUCUCUGCUGCUUCACAACUUCUGCAUUUACCACAUUAGUCCCCCUGGACAUGAGUUGGGCGCAGCUCCAAUUUGCCCCAGUGCUCCUGUGCCUUCUGCUGAUGACUUAGCAGAUCAAAUCAUCGAGGUUCUCAAUUUCUUUGGUCUAGGUUCAGUCAUGUGCAUGGGGGUGAUGGCCGGUGCGUACAUCCUUACCUUAUUUGCCAUGAAAUAUAGAGAGCGUGUUCUUGGGUUGAUACUUGUCUCUCCAUUAUGCAAAGCACCAUCUUGGACUGAAUGGUUUUAUAACAAGGUGAUAUCAAACUUGCUUUACUUUUAUGGUGUCUGUGGAUUGCUCAAAGAGUUUUUGCUUCAGCGGUACUUCAGCAAGGCAGUUCGUGGUGGAGUGGAAGUUGCAGAAUCAGAUAUAGUUCAAGCAUGCAGAAAAUUGCUUGAUGAGAGACAGAGUAUAAAUAUUUUGCGGUUUCUUCAAGCAAUUAACAAGAGACCUGACCUUACUAAUGGAUUGAAGACACUAAGAUGUCGCACUCUUAUAUUUGUGGGUGAUAAUUCUCCUUUCCAUUCUGAGGCUCUCCACAUGACCUCAAAAUUGGAUAGAAGAUACAGUGCCUUAGUUGAGGUCCAGGCUUGUGGAUCGAUGGUAACAGAAGAACAACCACAUGCAAUGCUAAUCCCUAUGGAAUACUUCUUCAUGGGGUAUGGACUGUAUAGGCCAUGCUAUCUCAGUGACAGCCCGAGGAGCCCCCUCAGCCCCUCUUGCAUCUCUCCGGAGCUUCUCUCUCCGGAAAGCAUGGGUUUGAAGCUAAAACCAAUAAAAACCCGUGUUUAGUUUGAAAAUUUAAGUGGAGGAACGUGGUAGAAUUUUAUUUUUUUAUUUUAUCAUUUUUACUUUCAGUUAAAAAAAAAAAAAAAAAAAACCUUAAUUCUUUGUUUUUUCUUCUUUUAUUUUUAUUGAAAAAGAGCUCCUCAAAAAAAGUAGAUGAGAUUGAAGGUGCUGUAGAUAGAGAAAAGAGGUAUAAAUGAUAUAUAUAUAUAUAUAGAGAGAGAGAGAGAGGGGAGAUGCAUUCUUUUGUAGUCAGCCAUAAAGGAGGCAAUUCAAUUCAGCAAUCUGUAAAUUAUGAAAGAGGACUGAAAUUUGACGAUCAAUUAAUAACAGGGACAAAUCCUCCUUAAUUA